GCCGUGGAAGUCUCUUCACCUCCCGAACAACCCCCCGCUUCGAUUACCGGCAUUUUACAGACGCGUUUCCAGAGGGCAGAGAGAAAGAAUCCGCGGCAGGCGUCAGGAGCGGCGGAGGCGGCGGGAAAGGCGGGGGACGGAGGAAGACACAGCCCGGUGUGCUGGACAUUCAGGCGGCCGCACCGCUGCCGUCGCUGCCGCUGCUGCUGCCGUGAAAAACCCCGCCACCACCGUCCACAGCUGGAUGUUUGCCUGCCCCGUGAAGUUCGUCGCGGUGUGGGUGAUGGAGGGCUGACACCGGAGGAGCAGUGAAGCAAACCUGACCGAACCUCGCUCCGCCUGCUGGGAAAGUAGCAUCUGGAGACAAGUCCACACGGUGCGGCGUGAGAGCCAGGAGACGGGGAGAGAAGUGACAGCGCCAGCAAAAUGUCUGUCCCUGUGUUCUGUAGAAUGUUUGACUGCCUGCAGGGGGCACCACAGGUAGAGAACGUGUUGGCCAAGGCGUUGUAUGACAACGUGGCUGAGUCUCCGGAUGAGCUGUCCUUCCGCAAGGGUGACAUCAUGACGGUGUUGGAGCGUGACACGCAGGGCCUGGACGGCUGGUGGCUCUGCUCCCUCCACGGCCGCCAAGGCAUCGUCCCCGGCAACCGGCUCAAGAUCCUGGUCGGCAUGUAUGAUAGCAAGCAGCAGCUACAGACCACGCCUUCCACGCCAGAUCCAGCUGCUUCCUGUCCCACCUCCCAGGUGCAGAGGCCCCUCCCACCUCAGAGCGCUUAUGCCAAACCGACACCUGCUCCGACAUCUUCUGCCAUCGCCACGUCCUCCUCUGGCUUUGCCAACAAGCCCCUCCCCGCAGCUCAAUACACGUCCAUGCACCCGGCCUACUCCACCCCCAGCCCCGCACAGCCCAACCCCGAUUCUGUCUACAUGAUGCCCCCCUCCCACACCCCCAAACCAAGUCCCCAAAGCCUGUACCAGGUCCCCUCUGGGCCAGGUGGACCCACUCCACAGGUGCAGCCAGGACCCCCUAGCAAGGCACCACUUCUAGCCCAGAGACAGUACCAGCUGCCUGGGCAGGACAUCUACCAAGUGCCCCCCUCUGUAGGCUCGGUGCCAAGCCAGGGAGCUGCCCCGGCUGGCGGGACAGGAGCUGGGAAGGAUGUGUACCAGGUUCCUCCCUCCUUGGAUAAGAGGAACUGGGAGAGCAGCAACAAGCCACUGGGCAAGGUGGUGGUUCCCACGCGGGUUGGACAGGUGUACGUGUACGACACAGUGAAGACGGACCAGGACGAGUAUGAUGUCCCUCCCAGACAUCAGCCUCCUCCGACCCAGCAGGACAUAUACGAUGUGCCGCCCACCCGCCAGCAGUACAACACACAGGUGUAUGACACUCCUCCCAUGGUGGUGAAGGGGCCCUCUGGUGGUCAAGAUAUAUAUGACACCCCAGCAAGCACAGACAAGAGCACGCAGCAGACGGUCUAUGACUUCCCCCCAUCUGUCAGUAAAGACGUCCCCGAUGCUCAGCCAAUCAGAGAGGAGACCUACGACGUACCACCGCACUUUGCCAAACUCAAGCCCCAAGUCCCUGUCCCUCCAGGCCAGUAUCUGCACAACAACCUCGAAGAUGACGACGAGCCACCCAUUCCAGAGGACGUGUACGACGUUCCGCCCCCAAUCCUGACUGACAAGAACUAUCGUGGAGACAGGAGCGGGGUCAGCCAGGCCCCCCAGGAGAUCUAUGACAUCCCGGCCAGCCUGCGGACCGGAGGUCACACCACCCAGGAUGUCUACGACUUCCCCCGGGAACGAGAGGAGCGAGGAGGAGAGAGGGGAGAGCAAUACGUCUACGAUGUCCCGCCACAGGUUGUGCGUGAUGCCCAGUCCACCAGUGAGGAGAUGACCAUGUCUUUCAAGCGGCUGUCUGCCUCAAGUACAGGAAGCACACGGAGCAACCACUCUGCUUCAUCCUUAGACAUGGUCCCUGUCCGUGACACCCCCUCUUCUUCCGCACUUCCUGCACCUGGCUCCAUGUCUGGGAAACCCCUCAUCUUGGACCUGGAGCAGGCCAUGGAGCGUCUGUCUCGCCUGCAGCAAGCCGUCGAGUCCAGUGUUUCCCUCAUGAUGUCCUUCAUCACAGGUAACUGGAGAAGCCCUGCUCACCUGGAAGGGAACCUCCCCGCCAUUCACCAGGCCGCUGACCGGGUGCGCUCCACUGUCCGAGACUUCCUAGAAUUUGCCCGGGGGGCUGUGGCAAACGCCACCCAGGCCACGGACCGCUCUCUGCAGGCUAAACUGGGACGUCAGGUGGGGAAGAUGGAGGAGGUCUUCCAGAGUUUGGUUCGACACAGUCAGAGCUUAGAUGCCAUUUCCUGGUCACACACGGCGCUCACAGCGCCACCACCAGGAGGGGAUGACUUAGACCGACUAAUCAUGACGGCGCGAGGGAUCCCUGAUGAUGCCAAGCAGCUCGCCUCCUUUCUCCACGGUAACGCCUCACUUCUCUUCAAACGGACCAACCGGCAGCAGCAGCAGCUGCCACUUCCUCCUAUCCCGGGGGAGAUCAGCGGUCACAUGACAGGAUCGGGAAGUGGGAGCUAUCAGGGAGGGGAGAAGGUGAACAUUCAGUCACGGCCCCUCCCCUCUCCACCAAAGUUUACAGCUGCAGAGGAAGAGGAAGGUGUGGACAGGCCGUAUGAGACCACAGAGGAAGGCUGGAUGGAGGACUACGACUACGUACAUCUACAGGGAAAAGAGGAGUUUGAGAAGAACCAAAGACAGCUGCUGGAGAAAGGCAACAUCAUCCGACACAACAAGACGCAACUGGAACAGCAACAGAUUAAACAGUUUGAGCGGCUAGAGCAGGAAGUCAGCCGGCCAAUCAACAACGACAUGACGGGCUGGGUCCCGCCCCCCCAUCACCCUCUGGCCAACCAGCUGGCCCAGAAUGGCUCUGGAGGCCCCUCUUCCUCCAAGCUGUGCCACGGCGACCGGCAGCUCCUCCUCUUCUACCAAGAGCAGUGCGAGCAGAACGUUACCACGGUGACCAAUGCCAUCGAUGCCUUCUUCACCGCCGUCAACUCCAACCAGCCGCCCAAGAUCUUUGUGGCGCACAGCAAGUUUGUCAUCCUCAGCGCACACAAGCUGGUGUUCAUCGGCGACACGUUGUCGCGCCAGGCCAAGUCCCCUGAGGUGAGGGCACGGGUGGCCCAGAGCAGCAACACCCUCUGCGAAAAACUCAAAGACAUUGUGAUCAGUACGAAGACGGCGGCGCUUCAGUAUCCUUCCCCCGGCGCAGCCAGAGAGAUGACUGAGAGGGUGAGGGAGCUGGCGGGGUACACGCAGCAGUUCAGGAUGGUCCUGGGACAGCUGCUGGUGAUGUAGGGGUUAAAGGGGGGAGGAGGAAGAACAAAAGACACAGUUACACAAACUGAGAUGUCCCCAUGAACGUGGGGCAGCAAAUCCCCCCUCUAACACGAGGCGGACGACCCUGUACAGCCCUGCAAAACGGGGUAAGAGGACCUGGAGCUCCCUGGAGCACAAAGUGCUGCAGGAAACCCUGUACACCCUUCCAGUGUGAGGUUGGAGACCCUGUGUACCGCGACAGGGUGAGGCUUUCCAUUCCUUACACUUCUGACAUGUAGCAUGGGAAACCCUGUAUCCUGUACUCUGGUUCCUGGGGGUCUGAGACCCUGUCUGGGACCGGGGACGCCAACCUCAUAUCCAUCCUCUGCUCCCUCCCUACCUCGCCUUUCACUGGGACCAUUCCUCUCUCAUCCCUCCUUCCACUGCGCGCUUUUUAAUUCUAGACAAACUCAAAGGAACAUUUUAUCGUCAGUGGGCUGGGCCAAUGGUUGUAAAAUAAUCAUUGUAAAUAUUUAAGUUACCUAUUUAGUCAGAAAACCGUAAAGAAAAAAGACUAAAGAACUUCCAGUAUAUAAAUAUAAAUAUAUGGCUCUUUUUUUUUUUUGGAAGAAAAGAUGAAAACAUAAGUGUAGUUUUUAGACAAUAUCAAUAAUUGAUAUUAUUAUUGCUAUACCGUAUAAUUAUGGCUCUGAUUCUUGAUCCUUGUAUCAUUAUUGUUAUGGAUGUGUAAAUUCCAGAUGAUAUGUAUGACUGUGUUGUAGUACGUUUAUGCUCUUCGCCCAUACCUGACAAAGGCACACCUUCCAAGAAAACACUGGAGCACUCGCCCGUCUUUAACCUUCACCUGAUGACAGACUCAUGACAGCUCUACACGUUGCCUCUGUGUUUGAGCAGAACGUCGCCACCUGCGGCUCCGUAAAUGUGUCCAGUUCAGGCAACGCCGCCGCCAAAAGUCGUCCUCGCAACAGUCCAGUUAUUGAACACGAUCUCAGUGCCAUCUCAGUCGCUUUUUUGGAAAACUAUACGUACGUUGUUUUGUAAGAGGCAUGUAUUAGAGAAAAGGAGUGUAAAAGGUUAAAGACAACAAAUGAAAUUAAACCUGCUUUUCUUCUUUUCUCUGA